AUGGAGACCGGUUCUUUUGAGGAUUCUCCCUCUGCAGUAAUCAGCAACAUUCAGGACAACAAUCUGAAUACGGAGGCCAAUGAACAGGAAACGAAUAUGCCAGUUUUUGAAACUAGAGACGUCAUUGACAGAGUGAAUGGUGAACAAGAGGAAUUUGGUGAAAAUGCUGUCAGAAAUAUGGAUAAUGGAAAUACUUCUACCGAUUUAGUUAAUUCCUCGAACAAUGCUGCUUUGGACGACGAUGUCAUCCCAAACGCCAUUGUUAUCAAGAACAUCCCGUUCGCCAUCAAGAAAGAACAACUGUUAGAUAUUAUCGAAGACAUGGAUCUUCCCUUGCCAUACGCCUUCAAUUACCAUUUUGAUAACGGCAUCUUCAGAGGGUUGGCUUUUGCAAAUUUUACCACUCCCGAAGAAACCACUCAAGUGAUAACCUCUUUGAAUGGCAAGGAAAUUAGUGGAAGAAAGCUAAAAGUAGAAUAUAAAAAAAUGCUACCUCAAGCUGAAAGAGAAAGAAUUGAAAGAGAAAAGAGAGAGAAAAGAGGUCAAUUGGAAGAACAGCACAGAUCCUCAUCGAACCUUUCACUACAUUCAUUGUCCAAAAUGACCGCAAACACAAAUAAUAACGCUUCCAACAAUCAAUUAUUCUCGACUUUAAUGAACGGUAUUAAUACUAAUACCAUUAUAAACAGCCCAAUCAGUAACACCAUUAACAAUAACACCAACGGCAGCGCAAGCAACAGUAACAUCAAUAACAGUAACAUCAAUAACAACAACAACAACUCCAACAGUAACAAUAGCGGUGGUAAUGCCAACAUGAACCAAUCCUCAAUUUCUGCUCAGCAUACUACUUCAUCAUUGUACCAAGCAAUGAAUGCUAACAAUCAAAACCAGAUAUCUACCGAAAGGUUUUACGCUCCUUUACCAUCAACUUCGACUCUGCCACUACCACCUCAACAGUUAGAUUUUAAUGAUCCUGAUACUUUGGAGAUCUAUUCCCAAUUGUUAUUGUUCAAAGACAGAGAAAAGUAUUAUUACGAAUUGGCCUACCCUAUGGGUAUAUCUGCUGCACACAAGAGAAUCAUCAAUGUUUUGUGCUCAUAUUUAGGUCUAGUGGAGGUGUAUGACCCAAGAUUCAUUAUAAUCAGAAGAAAAAUUUUGGAUCAUGCCAAUCUACAAUCCCAUUUGCAACAACAAGGUCAAAUGACAUCGGCACAUCCAUUACAACCAAACUCUACCGGUGGGUCCAUGAAUAGGUCCCAAUCUUAUACAAGUUUGCUGCAAGCUCAUGCUGCUGCCGCGGCAAAUAGCGUUAGCAAUCAAUCCGUCAACAACUCAUCCAACAAUAACGGCAACAGCACCGGCAACGGCAACAACAACGGUAAUAACACAAGUAACAACAAUAACAAUAGCGCUAACUCAACACCAAUAAUUUCUUCACAAGGUCAAUUUUCAAUGCAAGCGGCACUGAGUUCACCCAAAUUGAAUGUUCACCAUAACUCUUUAUACAAUCCCGCAGAUCAACCUCAACAACCUCAACCACAGGUACAACAAAAUGCACAAACAGCUGCGCAACAACAACAAUCAUUUUUAAGACAACAAGCUACUCUAACACCUUCGUCAAGAAUUCCUUCUGGUUAUUCAGCCAAUCAUUAUCAAAUGAAUUCCGUUAACCCAUUGCUAAGAAAUUCACAAAUCUCUCCACCAAACUCACAAACUCAAAUCAAUAACCAGUCUUUAUCUCAAGCACAGCCAUCAUCCCAAACUCAAACCCAAACCCAGCAACGCGUUCCGGUAGCAUACCAGAACGGUUCGUUGUCUUCACAGCAGUUGUAUAACCUUAAUGGUUCAUCCUCGACAGGAAAUACACAGUCUCAACUACUACCACAACACACAAAUGGGUCUGUUCAUUCGAACUUUUCCUACCAAUCUUACCACGACGAAUCGAUGUUGUCUGCGCACAAUUUGAAUAGCGCAGAUCUUAUCUAUAAAUCACUAAGCCAUUCCGGACUAGAUGAUGGUCUAGAACAAGGCUUAAACCGUUCUUUAAGUGGUUUGGAUUUACAAAAUCAAAACAAGAAGAAUUUGUGGUAG